AGCGAAACACGAGCGCUGAGCACGACAGCCUGAUGCACUACGGCCGGCGAUUCAACCUCACGACAGCCUGAGGCUCGCAUCGAGCAACAAUGCGAACUCAACGCGUGCCCCUAUGCACUGGCUUCGCGGUUGCAAUGUACUGUAUAAGGACUGUCACCGCGCGUGAUUUCGUUGAUCUGAGCUAACAAAGACGACGUAUAACCUAUCUCAGAAAUAAUAGCAACAGUGAGAGCAAAAGAAGCAGGCACCACACCACACACGUACUACAUUACUAUGGCCACCAUGAGCGCCGCAACACACGUCGAGAACGAUAAGCCACCCAUCGAUACCAACACUCUCACCAGAGGAGAAAAGAAAGAGCUCAUUGCCGCGGAUGCCAUCUCCGUCAACAGCACCACGUUCGGCACCCCAGAUCUCUCCUUCGCCCCCGCAAAGUCGCUGCACAUCAACGCAAAAGGCAUUCCUAUUUUGGGCUUCGCUGCACCUCCUGCCGAACUUGUAACGAGGGUGCACAAUUUCGAUGGCAGCGUCGCAUACACGUCAACAAGGGCGAAGAGGAGCUCGGGGAGUUGCGUAUUAACAGAUGCAGAUGGCAUGACGCUGAUUAGUACUAAGUACUUCUGCGGGACCAAAGAUCCUGUGUUGAACCGCUUGGAUGCAUCCGAGGGCAUCCCCAAGGAGAUCAAAACAGUCUCGAAAUGGACUUCGCGCAGCCAUGAGUUCCUCUUGCCUGACGGCCGCACGUGCGCAUGGACAUACAGGAAGGAGAAGGGCUUUGGCACAAACGGAGCAAAGGGUAAUGCUCUAGUCCUAAUGCUAGGCGAGAAGCGCAUCGCUGUGCUAGUCAGGAACGACGACACUCGCACAUCAGGCAGCAACUCCUACAGCGCUGGCAACGGUGGUGAGCUUGUACUGGGUGAAGAUGUCGGAGGGAAUCAUGGCAUUGAUGAAGCUCUGAUUGUUGCGACGAUUCUUCUGAUGCUGAAGAAGGAAAUCGAUCGCCGGCGGACAGUGCAGGUCGCGAUCACUGCAAGUGCGGGCAGUUGAGGGACGUGGAGAAUUGCUUCAGGCCACAGUACAUUAUUUAUAUGUACUUCAGAUGCAUUAUUCCAACAUACUCGUAGUGCGUGUAUUUGUAUUUUCUCAGUUCUUGAUUCAUCAUACACCGGAGACUUUUCUAUAAAACGAUGCCUGCCGGAAAAGAUCGUCUUUACGUCGCACUUUAUGCUCGAGGAGGAGCACCUUCUAUGCCAGGCAAGGAAGACACGUGAGUAGGAGUCCUGGCACGCAUCGCAAACUACUGUCGAAUUUGUAGAGCAAUAUGCUGACAAACAUGACGAUAAUACAGAUACCACUGGGCACUUCUGGUCGGCCCCAAAGACGAGGUUGGUGAUGGCAUAGGCAUGCGCUAUCACGCAAAAGAGCGCAUCAUAGGGCCAAAU